AUGUCCAGAGAGUACCAAUCUCACAAGGUCAUGACGGAGGACUAUCCGAGUGACUUUGAAAGUCAUCGAGGUCUUGUCAGUGAGUUCAACAAGAUAUGGGCUGAGCAAGAAAUGAAGUGGAAAGAACUUUUCGACAAUCGUCCGAUGACCACAACAGGAAACUUCAAGUAUUGGCAUGAGAAAGAACACAUCCGAUUUCUUGUGUGUAUUCAAUACUUGAAUGCCACAAAGUGUGGAGGGUUACCUGUACAACAAAUAGCAGCUUAUAUAGGUACACGCAAUUCCAUUCAAGUCAGAACACAUGCACAAAAGUACUUUAAAAGCUCCAAAGCGACUUCCACACAAGUCCAAGAAAAGGUCAAGUGUAUUCUCGAUAGAGAUGUACUGUACCUCGCUUCUCUUUUCGCAUCCGCUAAAAAGAAAAAAACAAAUCUGUAA